AUGUUACAGCCUUCAACUAUUAAACGAAGAUUAAACCCUCUAUUGAACGAAUUCAAAAGAGCAAGACAAAUAUGGUCAGAACUUAAUGAAAAUGGUAUUACAACGGCCAAUUCUCUUAUGAAUAUAAAGUUACAAGAACGACAAAUAGAUUAUUCAAUAUAUUGGAAAGAAUUGGAUAAUUUACCUAAUUUAGAAGAAAAUCAUGAAACUGAAAAUGAAACUUAUAAAAGUUUGUUAUGCGCUUUACAUCAAAUAUUUGAAAAAAUG